GGCAGCCGGCGCGCGCUGCGCUCCAGCCCGCCCGCCAGCGCGUUCGCCAAGGAGCUCUUCCUGGGCAGAGUGGAGACGAAAGAAGUUUUCCCGUUUCCAGAAGUUAGCCAAGAUGAACUUAAUGAAAUCAAUCAGUUUGUGGGACCCAUAGAAAAAUUCUUCACUGAAGAGGUGGACUCUCGAAAAAUUGACCAAGAGGGAAAAAUCCCAAAGGAAACAUUGGAGAAACUGAAGAGCCUGGGGCUUUUUGGGAUGCAAGUCCCAGAAGAAUAUGGUGGCCUGGGCCUCUCUAACACCAUGUACGCGCGGCUAGGGGAGAUUAUCAGCCUGGACUAUUCAAUCGCUGUGACCCUGGCAGCACACCAGGCUAUCGGCCUCAAGGGGAUUAUCUUGGCCGGCAGUGAGGAGCAGAAGGCCAAAUACCUGCCCAAACUGGCAUCUGGGGAGCACAUUGCCGCCUUCUGCCUGACAGAGCCAGCCAGUGGGAGCGAUGCUGCCUCCAUCCAGACCAGGGCCUUGUUAACUGAGGAUAAGAAGCACUACAUCCUGAACGGCUCCAAGGUCUGGAUCACCAAUGGAGGACUUGCCAAUAUCUUUACAGUGUUUGCUAAGACCAACGUUGUUGAUUCUGACAGCUCAGUAAAAGACAAAAUGACAGCAUUUAUAGUAGAGAGAGACUUUGGUGGAAUCACUAACGGGAAGCCUGAGGAUAAGUUGGGUAUCCGCGGCUCCAACACUUGUGAAGUCCAUUUUGAAAACACCAUGGUGCCCGUUGAAAAUGUUCUGGGAGAAGUUGGAGGUGGGUUUAAGGUGGCCAUGAACAUCCUCAACAGUGGGCGGUUCAGCAUGGGCAGCGCUGUGGCUGGAAUGCUCAAGAAAUUAAUCGAAAUGACUGCUGAAUAUGCCUGCACGAGGAAACAGUUCAACAGGCACCUCAGUGAAUUUGGAUUAAUUCAGGAAAAGUUUGCCUUGAUGGCUCAGAAGGCUUAUGUAAUGGAAAGUAUGGCCUACCUCACAGCGGGGAUGCUGGACCAACCAGGGUUUCCUGACUGCUCCAUCGAGGCUGCCAUGGUGAAGGUGUUCAGCUCAGAGGGUGCCUGGCAAUGCGUGAGUGAGGCGCUGCAGAUCCUUGGAGGCUCGGGCUACAUGAGGGACUACCCAUAUGAGCGCAUGCUGCGUGACACCCGCAUCCUGCUUAUCUUUGAGGGAACCAAUGAGAUUCUCCGGAUGUACAUCGCCCUGACGGGCCUGCAGCACGCUGGCCGCAUCCUGACUGCAAGGAUCAAUGAACUUAAACGGGGCAACGUGACCACUGUCCUGGAGACUGUUGGCCGGAGGCUUCGGGACUCCUUGGGUCGAACUGUGGACCUGGGACUGACAGGGAAACUUGGAGUUGUGCACCCCAGUGUUGUGGACAGUGCCAGGAAGCUCGAGGAGAAUGUGUAUUACUUUGGACGCACUGUAGAGACAUUGCUACUCCGCUUUGGCAAGACCAUUGUGGAGGAGCAGAUGGUUUUGAAGCGGGUGGCCAACAUCCUCAUCAACCUGUAUGGCAUGACGGCUGUGCUGUCUCGGGCCAGCCGCUCCAUGCGGGCAGGACUCCGGAACCAUGACCACGAGGUUCUGUUGGCCAACAUCUUCUGCACGGAAGCUUAUUCCCAGAAUCUCUUCACCUUAUCUCAGCUGGACAAGUAUUCUCCGGAAAAUCUAGAUGAACAGAUCAAGAAAGUGUCCCAGCAGGUCCUAGAGAGGCGAGCAUACAUUUGUAGCCACCCUCUGGACCGGACGUCCUGAAGCAGAGGACGGUGGUUCCUGCUGCUGCCAGCCCAGGCCAUAGACCAUUGCCGGACAACUCUAACUUCUUCCAGAAGGUGUCGAGCUUGGGGCUUUUUCAAGUUGAACUGCGUCUUCCCAGUAUUUACCUGAAGGUCUUUCUCCUGGCCUGAGGAAGCCUCUUCUAUCUAGGCUUGAUCGGUGGGCACUGCUGCCUGACGUGAUCAUCCCAGGUUCUAAACGGAGGUGGAGGGAGAGGGUGGAGUUGCUGAGACCUGGGAUUUGAGUAUGUACUAUUAGUUUAGGAGACUUCGGAAUGGAAACGGGGGCUUGUGUUACUGCCCCUGUGGCAUGAGCCUUGGGGGACCUGUUUUGGGCAUGGACAGCAGCCAUUUCUACUCAACCACACAUUCCCCAUGAAAUAGCCUGAAAGCUGUGUACGUGUCAUUCAUUCACACUAGGAGCAAAAUGUACUUAAAACGUGUACCAGGAACCACUUAACAAAAAGAUAAUUUAAAAUGGCAGUUUGUGUUUGUUCCUCUAGUCAUGUUUUUUCUCAGAACCAACCUUUAAUGGAUGACAUCAUGACCUUAAGAACCACCCUGCAAGAAGGCCCUGAAGCUGAGGAGCACGUGCCCACUGCAGGGCCAUGGGGGUUAUGAGCCUGCUGCUUUGAUCCUCUGGUGAUGGCUGGAAAGCAGCACUGCUUGGACCAUGACAGCAUACACUUGUUCCCACCUGGACUUUUCUGUCUGUUUUCUUUGCAAGGAUUGCCCUCUAGUUUUAAAGUGAGAAGAAAAGGUGUCUUUAGGUGGCACUAACAGGCCUUUGCAUUUCUCCAGGCUCCCUUCUGCUGUCACUUCCGGGAUGUACUGGGGCCCAGCAAACUGGCUGGUUUCAAGCUUUGGUUCCUGGGUGGUUUGGGGGUCCCUUCCCCCAAAAGCCCAGUCUAGCUGUUGCCUCAAGAUGGGAGGAGAAAACCAGGCUCACUUUUCCUCCAAGUGUAAGUCACUGUCUGCUGUGGUGAGAGAAAAAGGCCAAGUAGAUUAGGAAUGCUGAGACCUGAGCCAGCUCAGGGGCGUUGGCCUGGACAUUCUGCCAGGGUUUUGGUAGCUCAUCUUCAAAACGUGAAAGUUUACAAAUACUGUGACUUUGGAAAUAACUUUCCAGUGAAACUCAAAGCUCUUAAGCGUUGGCAAGGAGGCAUUUUGCACAAAAUGGAGAGUACAUAUCUUCUCCGUGCUGAAAGGGAGGGCUUGGGAAGCAUGCAAACCCCGUCCCCCUCAAGAAAGGUGCUUCACUCUAGGCCUUGUGGCAUGGAAGUCCCUGUGAGCAACAGGGGACUCUUUCCUGUUGAGUUUAAAAGGCUUUUCACCUUCCAUUUCUGAGUUUUUAAACAGGUUGUAGGGAGGGGAGGGCCCAGCAUGCAUUUGUUAUGUGCUUUCAGCAAUAUGCACAGGCUAGGACUAAUUGGGAUGCUCAGGGAACUUGUGCUGGGAAGGCCUGCAGUGGAGCCCACCAGAGCACUCUGGCCAGUGAGGCAAGCGUGGCAUUCCUGGGCUGGACCACAGCAGAGACUGAGCUUCUGAGACACCAGCAUGUAGCAGGAGAUCUUCGCACAGCCCCAGAGACCAGGGCCUAUUCUGAAGAAAGGCAGCCAGGUCCAAGUGGGGGGAAAGAGGUUUCAGGAGCUUGUCAGCACUUCCUCCUACUCAUAGAGCUAUCACUAGCUUCCCUCGGGAGUCAGGGGAGGAAGGAACUCCAUCCGGAUUUCUGGGAAAGGGUUCUCUGGCAAACCUUGUCAUCAGAAUACCCAUUUCUCUGCACAUAAAGAUUCUGGGUCUAUAAACCAACAAAUUUAGGUUCUCUGUCAACCUAUAAAUGACUUUGAGGUCUUUCUUCAUGAAAGAAAGGACUUGGAGGGAUUCAUGUAGCAAGACCUCAUUCUCUCCCCUCGCCCCCAGAGGGAGAUGGCAGUGUCUUGAGCUGGAAGGAAGCUGGAAAGUCCCAGCGAAGCCCAGAUCCUCUGCAUCCAGCUGUUGGCUGGGCCUCCAGAGGCCAGUCAUGGGUAGUAACACAGUGUUGAAAUUCAGAAAGCCCUUAGAUCGUCUUCCAACUUUUCAUUUUUCCAACAAACCAGACCCAGAGCAAUAAAGGGAUCUGCCCAAAGUCACACAGCUGGAACUAGAAUCUGGGUCCCCUGAGUUCUAGCCCAGCAUUCAAUCUGCUACACCAAACCCAUUCUGAAUCUUGAUUUCCUAAAUCAUGGGUAUCUAAACCAAAAUGGAUACUGCUGAAGAAUGAAAGCUGCGCAGAGCUGCAUAACAGCAGCAUCAGGAGGCUCGGCUUUGCAAAGCUCUUGUCUGCUACCUGUUGCUGGGUUCAGUGCUGGAGAAGCACGCAGCCUGAGGAAAGGCAGUGGUUUCUUGUACAGAUGAGAAUGCCAGUGGCGCUGGUCCCACUCUCUUGAUCCAGCACAGGCUCCCGCACAUUAGCAAACUGUUUUCCCUCCACUCCUAAAUUGGGAACAAUAAGUUAGAAGGAAGUCCCUGUGGACACCCCACUUGAGUCCCUGCUCCUCUGUGGACUUUAGUCACCUCUAUAGUGGUGCUAGUGGGCAGCAGCUCCAGGUGAUGGUCAUUUUCAGUGCUGCUCUUAAGGCCUGUCACUUGGAGUCCACUGGCUAUGAGCCCGGCCCAGUGGGUUUUCUUGGCGUUUUUUCUUCUCUUUUUCUGACUCCUGAGACUCCACCAUGGCUGAGAGGUAAUUCUGUGAAUAUACGACUUGUCUGGGCUCCUGGAAGGGAGGGGCAAACGUGGAUGGAAGGGUGGUGGCAGAUCUGGAGAGGGCUGACUGAGCCUCUGGUUUCCAAGUAGGGGUCAGAAAGACUGCGGGUGUAGUGAUAGUUCCUGACAAGGGCAUUUACAUUAACUGAACUGUGCAGCUGCCCUGGAAGGUUCAUGUUAUUGUGUCUUUUAGAAGCCCUUAUGUAAAGUCACUGUGUGUGGAAGCCUUAGCCAAGGCUUUUCCUUUGGGGCGACAGAUGCUUUUCAAUAAGGAGCAACAAAAUACUCUCUAGAGGGGAGGAACCUGCAGUGGCUUGCAGCUGUGAACGUCUGAACAUUCACUGAGGACCUCUUGGCUCACCUCUGCAUGUGGAGAACUCACUUAGCCCAGGAACAAAACACCUCUCCCAGCACCUGAUCCCUUGUCUGCUCCCCCUAGCUGGUUGGCUCUCCAUACACGGGAGAUUUUGUGCUGACCUCCAGGCAAGAUGGUCAUAAAGGAAAGUGUGUGUGGGAUAAGUCAACUCAUUAUAACUCUGGACUAUAAACAUUUGGUUGUUUCCUACUCUCUGAGCCUCUCACUCACCUUGACCAUCUCGUGUAUCCCCUUCUUUGACAAGCUCUGUGGAAUUGAAGAUCUGAAUACUGCAGUUAGAGACAGCAUCUUUGGUAGGGGCUUUGAUUCUAAACACCUUCACCACAGACUUUGGAGAUUCUUGCUAACCUGGUAGGCUCCCGUGAUAGUUUUCUGAAGAAAGAGACAACAGUCAUUACACAAGGCCCCUCACUACCUUUUUGUCUUCAGCUCUGGAACUUGGCUCUAGUGCAGGUAUUGAUUCUUGAAUCCUGGAGCUGCCAUUUCAUCACAGAACCCUGCAAAAGGGCCAUCUAGCCCAACCCCUUACUCUCUACAGUGGACCAGAAACUUGACAUUUGCCUAAGGUCACUGGAACUGGUACACACAGCUCUUGGCCAGGCCAGGGUUUAUGGCUCAGGUGGUCAGAAGUGGAAGAGGCUUGAGGAUUCCGUGGUAUAUACAGGGGAGAUUAUAAAACUGCCAUCCUUGACUAUGAUUGUGUAAGGAGUCUUUUCUCUCCAUAGCCUGAAGAUGGUCUGCUGGCUUCCUUUGUGAAUAGAGGUGCUGGGACACAAAAAGAGUUUCACACUAAUGUUAAGUACUGUGCAACAUAGCUUGCUCUUAUCUGUCAACCUUAAGCAAAAUACGUUUUGCUUAAAAAAAUUUUUAACUCAA